AUGACGCAGCAUGAGCUGAUACCAUUCCAACGACAAGAUUAUGUCAGUCCAUCGGUGAUCAUCGAGGGUUUCCUGUAUCAUGGCGAUUUGAAACACGCAAUGAACAAAACAUUACUUGAAGAACUCAAUAUUCGACGUAUCAUUAAUGUGUGCGAUUGUCCAUUGGAACAAGACAUUGUCGAUCAACGUCAUGUCUUAUGGAUCAAUUUGGACGACGAUACAUACACCGAUAUUGCCCAACAUUUCGAGACAACAAAUGAAUUCUUGCAGUCCUGUAAAGCGAAAGGUGAAAAAUGUGAAGAAGAUGGUCUUCGCCAUUCUAAUACAGCUGAUAAAGUUAAACGUGUAUCACAAGCAAAACUUGAUAUUAUAGCAGAAUGUCAAUUAAAUGCACCGAAGCCAUAUGAACAUAAAGUACGCGAGCCGCUUGAAACACAUACAGAACCGCUUGCACCUUUUUUUGUUGAAAUACCAGAAAAUACGAGUGCAAAAGAAGGACAAUCGACAUUUGUUGAUAUUGCUGUUGAUGGACAAAUAUUUCCUAUAAUAACUGAAUAUAAAGGAAAAGUUGAAAUAGCUAAAGAUGUUUAG